AUAAAAUAAAAAUGUAUAUUCUAAUCCUGUUGAAGUAAAAAAAAAUGAAGGCGUGACCAACAGUGAGUCUUAUAAGUCAAUCGGGGAACAGUCAUGCGCAUUGGUAAAGUUUUAGACCAAUCAGAUUGAGGACGUGGAUUUCGAGUCCCGCCCACCUGGUCAACUGACUGUUUCUUUUCCUGCUAAAUUUGGAUAACAAUUCGGAUAAAAUUACAUGUUUUUGAUUACCAUGUCCCCCCUACAAAAUAUGACGGGCGGAAUCGUUGGAUAAGGGCGGCUCCUGUUUCCUGGACAUCGCACGCCGCUUGGCCCAGCUAACCACCGAUAACACCGAGCCGCUCGCCCUGCGCUGCUGCAGCGUUGGUUACCGUCAGUCCCCGGUCUAUUGGAAGGAUGGAGACUCUGAUUCCUACCAUCAACCGGCUGCAGGAGGUGUUUCUCACAGUGGGUGCAGAGGUCAUACAGCUGCCUCAAAUCGUCGUCGUUGGAUCUCAGAGCAGCGGGAAGAGCUCCGUGUUGGAGAGCCUGGUCGGACGGGAUUUCUUGCCUCGAGGAACAGGAAUAGUCACGAGACGACCCCUCGUCUUGCAACUCGUUAAUGUUGCCCCUCUACAGGAGAGGCAGAAAAUCGAAAAUGGUGUCAAAGCUGAAGAAUGGGGUACGUUCCUCCACUGCAAGAACCAGAUCUUCGCAGAUUUUCAGGAGAUUCAUCGGGAAAUCGAAGCGGAGACUGAACGCAAUUUAGGGGACAACAAGGGUAUCAGUCCUGAACCCAUCUAUUUGAAGAUUUUCUCCCCCAAAGUCCUUAAUCUCACCCUGGUGGAUUUACCUGGAAUCACUAAGGUUCCUGUUGGGGACCAGCCAGAGGACAUCGAGGCACAAGUACAAGAGAUGAUCUUGUCCUUCAUCUCCAAUCCAAACAGCCUCAUCCUCUCAGUUUCUCCUGCCAACUCUGACUUGGCCACCUCGGAUGCUCUGAAAUUGGCUCGCGAGGUUGAUACAGAUGGUCGUCGAACCCUGCUGGUGGUCACUAAGCUGGACCUGAUGGAUGCUGGGACCGAUGCUCUCGAGGUCCUUUUGGGUCGAGUCAUUCCAGUCAGACUUGGAAUAAUCGGGGUGGUAAACAGGAGCCAGCAUGACAUCAAUACCCAGAAGAGCCUUCCGGACUCGACGAGGGACGAGCAGGCUUUCCUGCAGCGCCACUACCCCUCGCUCGCCUCGCGGUCCGGCUCGCGCUAUCUGGCCAAAACUCUCAGCCGGCUGCUCAUGCAUCACAUCCGGGAUUGCCUGCCACAGCUCAAGACCCGUGUGACCACGCUGAGCUCCCAGUACCAGGCACGGCUCAAUGACUACGGCCAGCCGGUAGAAGACUACAGUGCCACCUUGCUGCAGAUUGUCACCAAGUUCGCCAGCGACUACUGCAACACCAUCGAGGGGACGGCCAGAUACAUCCAGACCUCCGAGCUCUGUGGGGGUGCUCGGAUCUGUUACAUAUUCCAUGAGACCUUUGGGCGCACUUUGCAGUCCAUUGACCCCCUGGGAGGAUUGUCGGAGCUUGAUAUCCUCACCGCCAUUCGUAAUGCGACGGGUCCACGGCCAGCACUGUUUGUGCCCGAGGUGUCCUUUGAGUUGUUGGUGAAGCGGCAAAUUAAGCGACUGGAGGAGCCCAGCAUGCGCUGUGUCGAGCUGGUUCAUGAAGAGCUGCAGAGGAUCAUCCAGCACUGCUCCUCCUACAGCACACAGGAGCUUCUGCGAUUCCCCAAACUGCACGAUUCCAUUGUGGAAGUGGUGACUGGAUUACUGAGAAAGCGCUUGCCGGUUACUAAUGAAAUGGUGCACCAUCUAGUAUCAAUAGAGCUCGCCUACAUCAACACCAAACAUCCAGACUUCACGGAUGCAGGGCAGGUCUCUGCAUCUGUCAACAGUCAGCAGGCGGAGGCACUUGAUGGAGGAAAAUGCUGGAAGAACGAGAAGGUUGCGGAAGAGAGAGUCCCGGCUGCAGGCUUUGGCAGUCCAAGCAAAGGCCGGUCCAUUAACCUGCUUGACGCAGCGGUGACCGUAUCGCGCAAGUUGUCUGCAAAGGAGCAGAGGGACUGCGAGAUCAUCCAGCGCCUCAUCAAGUGCUACUUCCUUAUCGUCCGCAAAAGCAUCCAGGACAGUGUGCCCAAGGCAGUGAUGCACUUCCUGGUGAACUUUGUGAAAGAGCAUCUGCAGAGUGAGCUGGUGGGUAAGCUUUACAAACAGUCACUGCUGCAGGAGCUGCUCAUUGAGUCCCAGGACACGGCACAGCAGCGGACCGAGGUGGCUCAGAUGCUGGAGGCACUCCAAAAAGCCAAUAACAUAAUCUCUGAGAUCCGUGAGACUCAUCUGUGGUAGCCAGAAGAAAAGAACAAAUCCCUUGAGAGUAUGAGAGUGUAUUUGAGUUUACACGGCAAGAGAGAGAGAGAAAGUGUGUGUGUGUGUCUCUGUGUGGCAGCACCCACAUUAUCUCAUGGACCAAUGACCACAGCACAUUUUGAUCUACUUUUCCCCGGCCGCCGUCCUGACCAGUCCACUAGGGCUGUUGCUUUUCACUGUGAACGUUGUGUAGCGAAGCAAACUGAUUACCCUCUCUGACCCAAAGUGUUACUGCAAAGUUGAAAUGUUAAACAACUGGCCACAAACUAAACAUGUUUGUAUAGUUUGUGACGAAAUGUUUGGUUGAUUGUUAAAUGUAAAGUGAAGAUUUUAAGCGACGUUGUUCCCCGGGUGUCUUUUAAACAGACUUGUUGAUCAAAAUGUGUUUGCACUGUACAAUUACACAAAAAGAACUGGCCUUCCUCCGAGCCUCGUUGGUAUGUGCUAAAACUAUGCUAAAUCAGAUGUUUUCCAACUUUAAUCCCUUUUUAUUAUACUUCUCACCAGAUUAAUUGAGUCCAACUCAAUUAACCCUGAAUACAGACCACGGUUAUUUGCAGAAUACUUACUGGAUGAAUGCAGAUUGUUUUUCCGGCUCUGUAGUGCUAAUCAACAUCAGGGUUAUUUUCCAGAGCCAGAUGUGCAUAUCAGCCCAUUUAUUCUGUUGCACUGUCUUUGGUGUGUCGUCAUAAAUGAGCAGCCCGAACAUUCCCAACCAGUUUGGAGGGGAUGAGUUGGGCAUCUAUAAUAUGUAGAGUGUAAAUAUUCUAUAGUAUCUAGAAAACAGAAAUGAAUAGACUAUCUAAGCAUUGUCAGAAUAUUAUGUAAUACUCCAUCAUUUGAUUUAAGAUCCAGAUGGUGGGGCGGUAAUGUUCUCUUGCGUCUCUCAAUUUCCUCAAGCCAUUUGUUCACUGAGUUCGUCGGUUACUGAUGGAGAUAAUAUAGUUCACUAUUAUUGUCCCUGUCUAGUAGUCGGGACAUUACCCAAGUAAAAGAGACUCAGUGUGCUGAUAUCUCCUGAGUGCAGAGCCAUUGGCCUUCGUGCCAAUUAUAAUUUAAUUGUGUUAUAUUGUAAGAUGUGUAAAAGUAUUCCUAUCUUUCCAUUUCUCCCAAGUUUAGGUUGUCGCAGCAUAUUCCUCCACCAAGUGCUAUCGCCGUUAAUGUGAAUCUCCUUUUCAUAGCCAAAACAAAUAGUUAGCCUAAAAAUUCGGCUCUUUCAGGAAGACCUGCCUCAACGGGGACCAUCGAGCAGAAACUCUUCUCAAUGUUUCUUCUGUGCAAUCAGGGAGCGAACACGGCACCGCAUCACGCUGUCUUUCUGAAAGCCCUGUGUAAGUCUGCAUGCGUGUGUUCAGUAUGCAUGUGUGGACGUAUGAAUGGCUUAUUUAUGUAGAUUUUGUAUUAUUUAACUGUUUUAUGAGUCAACUGCUUAUGAGUUCUUGCCUGCCAAUAUUUGUGAUACAUGUUUACGGAAUAAAGUCUGUUGAGAUUGAAGGGACCCAUUAAACUCUAGAAAAAGGACA